AUGGCCGUGGUCAUUUCUCCCCCGGACCAAGAAACCCUCCUCGCACCCAUUCUGCCUGCUCUCCCCGCCGCCGCAGCAUCAACCCAACCCGCCAUCCAAGUCCUCCCUCUCCUCUCCCCCAUCCUGCGCCAAAGAGUCCAGCUUCUCUCCGCAUCCAGCACAGAGCCAUGGCUCCGACUCCUCUGCUACGACACCAGCAAAGCCGCCAAACUAGCUGAAAUCGCCCGCGGCCCUGCCCUCGAGCCGCACCCCGUCUCCGGCGAAGUAGAAGUCGACUGGGGCUACGACGCUGAAACCCGCUACCGAAGACUCGACGAGGAGACGCUCCAGGCCCUCGUCGCCCUGCCAGAGCUCGGCCUCGCAUUCCAACUAGUAUACUGCGUCAAUGACAAGGAAGGCGGCGGCGACGGCUGGCGCAUCGGCGAAGUGACCAUUGCGGAGAAGCCCUCUCCAUUUCUUCAAUUUGCCGGCGCAUCGACCAUUGCCGAAGCAGAAAGACAGCACAGGGACAAGGGCAAGGACACGCUCAAGGUGAAUGGUGCGACGGCAUCGUCUACACAAGACGACGAAGACGACGACGACUACUGGGCGCGGUACGACGCAACGCCCGCCCGAACACCGGCCAACAACCGCAGUCCCGCGCCAAACACAUCUGGCGCUCCGGUCCAGAGACCAAGUGAGUUCCGGUCAACGGCCGAAGAUGACUACUUUGCGCAGUACGACGAUGUCCAGCCCGCCAUGGAUAACCACGAUCCCGACGAGGAAGCGCAGGCGGCGCAGCUCAUGCCCCCUCUUGGUUUUCAGAAAAGCUCGACUAUCGCAGACGUCAAUGAGAACGGGGGCAUUCAGACAGAUGUAUCCAAUGCAGAGAUUGCGCUGCAGCAUCCGCGCCCCGACUCAAGCGCCUCGUCCAAUGGCUCGUAUACCGUUGCCAAACUAGAGGAGACGGCCGGGAAGCAGGAGCAGAAUGAGUUUGGGGUGAAGCAGCACGUUUCGCGUAGCAUACGGAGCUUGUACAUGCUUUCCAAGGCCAGCGGUAUUGACAGAGAGGAGUUUGACAGGCUGGUGAAGACGGAGCUGGAUCUGCUGGCUAUGAUGGAUGAAGGUGAAUGA